CUUGGAAUAACACAGUCGACAGCAGAGAGGAAGGGGAGAUGGGCUACACCAUGUUAAAAAACUUGGGCAGUUUUUGGCCGACAUUAGCGCCAUUCUACGACUGGGAGAAACGUUUUUGUACAUUCCCUACCUCUUUUUGUAAACUCAGAAAUGUAAUUUGGGCGCCAUUUGUCAACUUUUACAUGGUGCUUUUACCAGUGGUAGGAUUAAAAUUAGUUAGCGAAUAAAUUAUCAAUAACCUGAGUAAAAAAUCUCAAAAACAUCCAAAACGAUCUACGUACUGCUUCUCGCAGACGUUGGAUGGCGCUGUUGUUCUUUAAGUUUUUCUCCCUAUGGUUUUGCCCGUCUCUCCUUCAUCUCUGGUCGACACUCGACAAUCUAAGAAAUUCUUCUUAGCACGAGUCUAUCGAAAUCCUGACGCCUCAUCCAACCCUAUCAUUUCAACCAGAAUUUUGACCUUGGCUAUGUGACUAGUUGACACAUUCUCGGUCCCAUCACCUACCGUCGAUUGAACGUCAAAAUGAAAGCAGUGAACGCAAUGUGCAAUCAACAAUUAGCAUCCACACUGCUAGUCGUUUUCAAGAUUAUCUUUCCGUGUUUGCUUUUUCUACUGAUCUGGACAUUGAACGAUGGACGACGGCAAUUGGUUGCAUCAGCACCAGGACGAGGAGAAAAGUCUCGAAAUAUCGAACGACCAUCAAACCAACGUCCGAAGACAAGCAGAUUAGAGGAAGCCGUUUGCACGGGGAACCUUCUCGAUGAGCGUCACCAUCAUUAUGAAAAAGAAACUGAUGGCGAUUAUAGAUUCACCACUGACCGGAGUGGACCGUGUCGACUUCUCCGUUACACGACUGACCGAAUAGUUUCGUGCUUUGAUUCGCUUCAUUAUGCAAAGCGAUGGACUGGAAAUUUGAUUAAACGCAGCAACAGCUCGUUGCACUUCAUGUUUAUAGGCGAUUCGAGAAUUCGCCAACAGUUUUACAACUUUGUCGCGUUGAUUCCAGACUACGAUCAAAUAAGGAAGCCCAUUCAAAAUUCACCUUCGUUUCACGAUGAAUGGCGACACCUCAUCGAUGACAGUGUCACUGACACAGUUCAUCGAUGGGCAACUUCUGACCCAACUGAACGGCCUCAUCUUCUUUUUCUCAGUAUAGUAGUACACCACAUGCUUGGAUCAAACGGCGCCGAUCAUCGACUUUACGAGGAGAAAUUAAAAAAAUUCGCUCCAGAGCUGGGCCGGUUAGCAAAUGUCUCCCAAGUGAUUUGGUUAAAUCAAUACCCAGUCGUGGAAUUACCUGAAAAAAUUUACGACCACAACACGUACAUUUAUUCAGAGAAGAUAGACAACUAUAACACGGCCAUUCGACGUGUGUUAGAGAAUGAGAACAAUGGCAUCCGCAUAUGGGACUCGAGUGGUCCAUUGGCAGAAGAGUACAUCCGCUCAUGUGCCGUCUUAAAACGCGAUGAGAUCGUUCUUGACUAUGGUCGUCCCUACCUGUUCAAAGAGGCUGCCUACGCAGAUUGCAAUGAUUACAUUCACACCGAAUUUCACCAUCGCGUCAACUCACCAUGGUUUUUGAGCAAAUUCAACACGUAUCGCUCCUCUAAAUGUUGUUGUGCCUACGGAUAUUCGUGCAGGAAAUGAGUUUUCAUGUACAAUUGAAUGAGCAAGCUUGUACGUGUAUACGUUGAAUAUGUUAAUGCACUGAUUGUGGAUGAAUGUAGUUAGAUUUUUCAUUUCCCCCCCUAAUCGCCAUUUUAGCCUUGGACAUUGAUGUUCGCAAUACUCGGCUAUACUCGUUUUUACGUUUACAUACAGUAUCCUCCACAAAAAAGAGGCACCCCCUCGGUAGCCCAAAAAAAAAAUUCCUUAUGAGCGCUAGAUGGCAUUGUUUUUAAUUGCAAAAUACAAACAAAAAAAGCUUGAAA